CGUACCGAUUCUGCAGACUCAGCACUUUGUACUUUUCUCCAUUGUAAACGACCGCAACCAUGUCCAACGAAUCAGUCACCAGCCACCGCCACAACGACUACGUUGGCACCGACGCGAACUCAGCUCGCAUCCCAGGUGCUGAGAAGGCCACCACCGGCCACUCUUACACGGCGGUCUUCCCUAAAGAGACGCCAAGCGAUCACCAACAGCAGUCGGCACCUCGUCGAGUUGAGGAGCACCUACCGCCUCCGACAGGCCGUGAUCGCCCACCGGCGCACGACCAGGGUCCCAGUGCUGACCAGAUUCGGGCGGUGCAGAAUUCAGAAUUGCAAGCGAGGGCAGAGGGAGGUCUGGAGUCGCUAGCUCAGCCGCGGGUAGGCGACGUUGUGAUCGACCGCGACCCAUAUGCAGAGCGGACAGCCGUCGGUGACACUCUUACCGGCGCGACGUCGCAGGAUGUCCACAGCGGUCUUGGCCACCCCGGCGCUGGCAUGAGCAGUAAGGAGAUGCACCAUGAUGGUCAACAGAAGCGGAAGAGGCAGGAGCAGGGUACGGAUCAGUUUGGCAAUGGCCAGAUUCCACGGGAGGAGCCCCCAUAUUAGACAGAAACCUGGGAAGUCAAAAACUGUAAUAUUAUACUCAUGGCGUAGGCCAAUCCGCGUUAACGUUGUAUUCUGCAUCGUA